AUGUAUCAUCUACCAGUAAAAAGUAAUCUAGUUGAUUCAAUUUCAGACACAACCAAGAACGGUUUUGGAGGCAAUAACCAGCCCCUUUGUCCGAAACCCCGCCGGCUCGGACCUGCUGUACCUGAAUUUAUCAAGCCCCUCAGAUGUAGCAAGCAUAGCCAACCAAUUACUGAUGGAAGAAGUGGAAUUCUGAGCCUCGUUGCUGAUAAGGCAAUUGAUGGUAGAGAAACUACAUGCACAGGGUGCUCACCAUUUUGUCACUCAGGAUCUCCUCCAGGCAGAACUCAUAAUCCAUUGGUUCAUGAUGUUCACUUCAUUCAUCAAAUGGAACUUCUUUCACCAUUCACAAGAACCAAACUUACUGAUAAAUUUGGCUUCACUUCCACCUCUCCAAUAUGA